UGGAAUCACAAUUGUCGACUACAAAAUUGCUCAAAAAUGCUGUUAGAAAUUAUUAAGUUAGUUAUCACCUUCAUAAAUAAUUUGAGUAAUUUCCUUUCCAAAAAACAUGAAAAGAUUGAGGAGCUUUAUAGCGUUAAGGAUUUUGAGAAUCUGUUUUCAAAAUCGUGUCCAAAAGAUGUAGUUGCUUAUUACAACUGCGGCGCAGACGAGGAGAGAACCACGCUCGAAAAUCGUAACGCAUUUCAUCGUUACAUCCUGCGCCCACGAAUGUUUGUCGAUGUCUCAAAUAUUAAUUUGUCUACGACAAUAUUCGGACAAAAGAUUGCCACGCCGAUUGGAAUUUGUCCAAUGGCGAUGCACACGAUGGCACACAGAGAUGGAGAACGGGCCACGGCGAAAGCGAUAGAAAAAAUUGGUGGAAUUUACAUCCAAAGUUUUCACUCGAGCACGUCAAUCGAAGACCUCGCCUGGGAAGUACCACAUCUCAGGAAAUGGAUGCAGAUUACAUUGUGCAAAGGAACGAUAUCAAUCGACAUGAUCAAAAGAGCGGAAAAAUGUGGUUAUGAAGCAAUCGUUGUCUCAGUCGAUACAAUGUCAUUGGGGAACCGAUUAGAAUUGAAAAGGUUGAAGUUUGACGUACCUCAAACUACUAGACUUGCCAACUUUGAUCUCUACAUUCAAGGCAAAUCGGAAGAAGAAAGUAAGCACUUAACAAACUAUUCGACUGAUUUAUUAAGGCGAGACUGCACAUGGAAUUAUGUUCAGUAUUUGAAAGGGCAGACGUCGCUACCUCUUAUCUUGAAGGGUAUACAAACCAAGGAAGAUGCCCUGCUAGCCAUGGAAUAUGGGGCGGAUGCAAUUUAUGUAUCGAAUCAUGGAGGACGCCAGCUCGACAGUGGAAAAGCGACAAUUGACAUUCUUCCUGAGAUAGUUGAAGCCGUGAAGGGAAGAUGUUCAGUAUUUCUGGACGGCGGAAUUAUGCAUGGAUCCGAUAUUUUUAAGGCAAUUGCACUUGGAGCCGAUAUGGUGUUUGUGGGGCGUCCAAUACUUUGGGGGCUUGGCGUGGCAGGUGAAGCAGGGGUCGAUAGGGUACUUUCAAUUCUCAAGGAAGAGUUGAUCACGACAAUGACGUUUUGUGGAACACCUGAUGUCAAUCUUAUCACGGGAAACCACUGCGUCAAGUGUCCACCUGUCGGCUGAUAGACUGACUUUAUAAAUAACAAAAGUCUCUCAAUUUUAGUUUUAAUUUUCUAGUUGUAAUUUGCUUAAAUUAAACUAUGUAUAAAUCUAGUUUAAUACGCAAAAUCCAAAUAUGUAUAUAACGAAAUCAAAGUAAAAUCGAAAUGAUACCAGUUAAUGAAUAAGUGUAAGUUAAGUAUAGUUUUUGUAAUUGUAUUGUAAGUUUGUACUAAAUUUUUAAUAAACAAAAAUAAGUCAAGUGCCUCUUUCCUAAAG